AUGGUCGAGGCGACAAAGGAUGUUCUUCCUCGAAAUAGCUCCGAUUUAUACGAUGAAGAUGGCCGUCCCAAGCGAACCGGGACGGUGUGGACAGCAAGUGCACACAUAAUAACGGCAGUGAUUGGGUCAGGAGUCUUGUCUUUGGCAUGGGCAAUUGCUCAGCUUGGUUGGGUUGGUGGACCAAUAGUGAUGUUAAUGUUCUCUCUCGUCACUUAUUACACUUCUAUUCUCCUUUGCGCUUGUUACCGCUCCGGCGACUCUGUCACCGGCAAGCGAAACUACACUUACAUGGACGCUAUCCAAUCCAACCUCGGUGGCGUUAAGGUGAAAAUAUGUGGAAUUGUUCAGUAUGUUAACCUCUUUGGUACUGCAAUUGGGUACACUAUUGCAUCAGCAAUAAGCAUGAUAGCAAUUCAACGGACGACUUGCCAACACACUCAUGGGGAGAAUGCAUCAUGCCAUGUCAAUGGGAAUCCUUACAUGAUUGCGUUCGGUGUAAUUCAAAUCAUUUUCUCUCAGAUUCCAGAUUUUGAUCAGUUAUGGUGGCUGUCCAUUGUCGCGGCGGUCAUGUCCUUUGCUUACUCCUCCAUUGGGCUUGGACUUGGCAUCUCCAAAGUGGCACAAAACAAAGAAAUCAAAGGCACUAUCACUGGAGUCACGAUUGGGACAGUGACACCGGCUCAGAAAGUCUGGAGAACCUUUCAGUCUCUUGGGAACAUUGCUUUUGCCUACUCUUACUCUAUGAUUCUCAUCGAAAUUCAGGACACGGUGAAAUCACCGCCUACAGAAGAAAAGACGAUGAGGAAAGCGACUCUCAUAAGUGUGGCAGUGACCACACUCUUCUACAUGCUCUGUGGCUGCAUAGGGUAUGCAGCAUUUGGGGACUCCUCACCCGGAAAUCUCCUUGCUGCUGGAGGCUUUUUAAACCCUUUUUGGUUGCUUGACAUUGCCAAUCUCGCCAUAAUAAUCCAUCUGGUCGGUGCUUACCAAGUCUAUUGCCAACCCCUCUUUUCCUUUGUCGAGAAGGAAGCCGCCAGGAGGUUUCCAGAGAGUGAGUUCAUCACAAACGAGAUCAAGAUCAAGUCCUUCAACUUGAAUCUCUUCAGGCUUGUGUGGAGGACACUCUUCGUGAUUACAACAACGUUGAUCUCAAUGCUAGUGCCUUUCUUCAACGACGUGCUUGGUCUCUUGGGGGCCAUCGGGUUUUGGCCUCUAACUGUUUAUUUCCCAGUGGAAAUGUACAUUGCACAAAAGAAUGUGCCCAGAUGGAGCACAAGGUGGGUUUGUAUGCAAGUCUUAAGUUUGGCCUGUCUUUUCGUGUCCCUAGCCGCGGCCGCAGGAUCCGUAGUGGGCAUUUCCACCGACCUCAAGACUUACAAACCUUUCAAGACGGAUUUCUGA